AUGUUUGUUGAACAUUAUUAUAGGAGACUCAUAUAAUAGUAAUGUAAACUAAGUCCAAAGGAAAUUAAGACUGAUAGACCAUGGUACCCAAAAAAAGUCUAAAAUGAAACGAAGUUAGAGGAAUAUAAAUUUUUUAUGUUACCUCCAAACAAGAUUGUUAGUUUACUAAAAAAAAACAAAUUGUCUGCUCCCAAUGAAAAAAUAAAGGAAUUUUUGCAUAACCACUCUUUGAAAUAAAUAGUUGAUUUUGGCGAAACUUUACAAAGCACAAUAGAUAUAAAAGUACAAAGACCUUCAAUUUAAAAUCCAACUCCUAAAAAUAUAAAUGGAAUGGGACGAUAAUUAUUUCCAGUUAAAAGAAGACCAAUUUAAUUACCAUCAACAAGAAUUGUUACUGAGCCAAGCAAGAAAUCUUCUUCUAUUUGCAAAAGUGUGCAUAAAUUAAUUAGAUUAAAAUAAAGCGACCAUUAUUAGGAAGAGCUAUAUAGUAUUAUUACUAAGCUAAAUAAUUCUCCUUUGCAUACAGAUACAACGAGCUUAUGCAAAAAAUAAAUAUAACCUAUAAAAGUUGUGUAACAGCAACCAUAUAUAAAACCAGAAAUUCCAAAAAGUGUAUUGCCAUAUCCACCAAGAACAAAAAAACAAUUAAGAUCAUUUCUUUUGAGGGCUCUUAAAAAAAUAAAGGCUUUAGGUCUAACAAUUAAAUAUGUUAUGGAACAUAAAAUAUUUUCAAAAAAACCAUAUGAAAAGAUCAAUUCAAAAGAAUUUAUACAUGCUGCUAAAUCAAAUAAAAUUGAAGAUGUUGAAAACUAUCUUUAAAUAAAUCCUUAUUUAGUAUUUGAUUUUGAUUUUUAUAAUAUGACAGCAUUACAUUGGGCAUGUAAAAAAGGUUAUAUUGAAAUUGUGAAAAUUUUACUAAAAUAUCAUACAGAUAUUGAUGGAAUUGAUAUCCUAUAUCGUACUCCAUUAAUUUUAUCAAUUUAAGAAGAUCAUUUAGAUGUUACUCAUUUAUUAUUAACUUAAGGAGCAUAUCCUUGGAGUACAGCAAUAACAGAUUUAAAAAGUGUUCUAGAAGAAAAUGAACGUGCUUAAAUAUUACUAACAAGAGUUAGAAGAGUAAUUUAUAAAUAUUAUUAUUAUAGUUACAAAUUAUGGCUAAAUGGACUUAAUAAGGAGAUUAUUUGAAUCUAAUUUGA